AAGAAUUAACAUGAACCGCAUGUCAAGUAAUCGUUAAAUCACCUCCUCUGCGGUAAUUAUAUAUUUUCGAUGAAAACUUUUUCCGCAUUUUUUUCACCCUUUUUGUCUCUCAUCACCCUCCUUCGCUCGUUUAUCUAUUAAGAAUAUCCAUUAAAAAAAGCAACAUCAUCGCAUCUACCCUUGAAAUUCUACCUGUAUUAUCUCUACCCCUGUGACGUUGCUUACACUUUUAAUGGAACUUUAAUGAAACCAUGUACCAAUUACGUUGAUAAUGACAUUUUAUGUAAAUUACUUGCCGCUUCACUACCUGGUACCGUGCAAAUGGAAAUAUAUAAGCAAAUAGCUGAAAUGUCCGUUUUUCUGGUCGCAUUUGUACUCACGACCUAGCAAAGCGAAACGAUCAUUUUCUCGUUUGUUUUCUUUAGAAAAUUAUUUUUCAAUUUUAUUUUACCUACUUGUAGAAUACCUAAUAGUUUUAUUAAAAUGCCUACCAAGCAGAAUUUAGCAGCUGUUCGGAAAAUGGCCGCCAAAAAAGGGUCUCAGGUACAGUUCCAAAUUGACGUGACCACUGAUGAAGAAUGGAAUAAGUUGAUGGAACGGCAAGGAUUGGUUGUUAUUGAUAUUUAUUCGGAAUGGUGUGGACCCUGUACAGCGAUGGUAUCCAGUCUGAAAAAAUUGAAGUUGGAAAUAGGCAGUGAUUAUUUGCAUUUUGCUCUGGCCAAGUCCAACACGAUCGAUGCUUUGAAGAGAUUUCGAGAUAAAAGUGAACCUAUGUGGAUGUUCAUUGCGAGUGGACAUUUGGUCAACUUGAUGUUCGGCGUUGAUGCACCUAAUCUUUUUCAAAUGAUUAAAACAGAACUGGAAAAUGAAACAAAUGUUUUGCAAGGAAAAAUGGAACGAAAUUUUAUACCAUUCGAAGAACUUACCGAAGCUGAGAAAGAACGACAAGCUGUGGCAUUAGCCAAAGAACAACAAAUGCAACUAAUAUACCAAGAGAAACUCGCUGCUAAAAUGAACGCCAUUCGUGAACGAUCCCUAAUGAAACUGGCUAAACUGAUACCUACCCAUUCAUGCGUUAUUUACUUUCCUCAAAUGGUAUCUUCCGAUGGAAGCUGUUCAGUUGCUCAAAAAAUGAUGUAUUUGAAUGAUUCUAUAUCAGCUGCCGUCGUCGAUCAGAUGCAGGUUCAAUUCAAUGCUGAUACCAUCAAACAAGUCUUUUACAAAUGUCCCAUAUUUCCAACUUUACCAGCGUCAUUACAAGAAGCAAUGCAAUCAAAACCUGUGCUCGUAACGCUGAUUCAAUCCGUAAUUACUGAUGACGCAGCUUCCAACACCCUAUCGCCUAGAAAUUGCAGAACCGAUGAAUAUCAAACGAUCGAACAGAAAUUAACUAAAAUUGUGUACGGUGACGAGAACCCUACAGGAUAUUCCGAUCAAUCAGUAGCGUUCGAGUUCAUCGUAGAAAACGAUAAAGGUGAAAAAAUACCCCCUAUGUGGACUCCUAUCAGCGUAUUAUCAAAGGCAGCCGCCAUCGAAGUAUUAUUCCCCAGAAAAGUGGAAUCAAUCGGUUACGCGCCGGAUAGUUUACCUCCUCCUCAGUUGAUAAUUAUUUACGACGCCGCGAAAGCUUGCGACAUUAUCGAAUUAACUAAAGACUUUACUCAAGAUAUUUAUAAAAUCGGAUUCUUCGACAGUAUCGAUCCUACAAAUGCUAAAGUGAUUUGCAAAAGUUACAAACAGUUCUGCGAUUUAUCCGAAGAAAAGAAAAAGAAUGCUAAAAUGGUGGUAGCGAUUAAAAAAGGCGACAAUGACGAUUUACUGUUAGAAUUCGCUCAAGUUAUUCCGCUCUAUAUAAGUCCCAACGAAAAGGUAGGUAGCGAAGAAAGCGAGCAAUUUUUUCCAUUCGAUUACGACGAUUUAGACGACGAAGUUGAAGAGAAACAAGUGGAUAGUUUUGAUGAAGAUAAAGAGAAUAUAAAUAUCGAUAAUUACGAAAUACCCGCCGAAUAAAUACUUUUGCUAUUACUGUGAAAA